UGUGUGCCAGGUACAGGUAGCCUGUACUCCAGGGAAACAGAGAUCGUGUGCUAAGCCUUUGGGGAGGACCCCUAGGUCAGUCUAAGGGACUGAAAUGGGCGCACAAUUUUAAGGGCGGGUCUGUCAGCACUUUGGGGCUGUUCACCGGGGAUGGGAACCAAGCUGUGAUCGGAUGUUGCAGAAGGGAAGAGAGGCAGGCUGAACUACGCUUCCCAGCGUGCCUUGGGGGGACAGGAUAAAAAAAAUGGCAUUACUCUCUUCUCCAAGAGGAACAGUAGAGUUGGUUUAUUGCCGAAGAACAGAAUCACAGGAUAUUUAUUGUAUACAAAAGCUCAUUAGAAAGUUUACCCAGAAGCUGUUUGGGAAGUUAAAUGUCAUCUACCUUCUGGAAAAGGCAAACCUUGCCAUUACCCUUCACAGUGACAAGGAGGAGAUCAUGGCCCAAGCUACCUUUGUGGACUAUCCCAACUGGAAUGUCACCAAGCAGGAUGAGUGGGUAUCUGUGUUUCGGGAGCUCGACAGUGAUAUCCCAUGCACACCUCUGAACACAUUGUUCAUGCACCUCUUUGUGGCUGUGGAUGAGUAUUCUGUUGGCUGCUGCAAAGAGAUUAUUCGGACUGUGUUUAAAGCAGUGCCAGAACUGCACUUCAUCUUCCUCAUAGUGCCAUCCUACAUGAGCAUAGGCUCAACUCUCAUAACUGUGUUUGACCAAGUGGGGACUAUUCCAAGUAUGCUAUAUGAUGAGGAAUUUACUGUACAUAUAUGUCACAGGCACAACCAUAACCCUCAACUGCACAUUCGAAAAGCUAGGGUGGAAGAUCAUGAUGACCUCAUGCCAAUUUUUAUGCGCCAUGACACAAUUCUGAAGGAAACUUACGGUGAAUACUUCCUGGCAGAACUAAUAGAGGCUCAAGAUGAAGAGAAUCAUUCUGUUGUAUGUGAGGUGGAUGGUAUGGCUGUUGGCUUCAUGAGUGUGUGUUCUAGAGUGAACAUGCAACUCCUGCAUGAGUGCUUUGACCUGGGGCCCUUCCAUGGAUUCUGUACCCCACAUCCCGAUGACAUUCUGGAAAUACCAAAGGAGCCAAGUAAUCAAGGAAGUCAAGUGUCAGAGCUGAAGUGUAGUAGUCUGGAUUCCCACAUAGUGGAAAAGAAGUCACAGGAACUUGUCUUUCAAGAGGCUAUGGAAAGCAUACAGAAAAAAUCUUCAGAAAUCAUAGUUGAAGAGUUACUACCUAGAAGCACCAGUGAAAUAGAAGUAAAGCUGGCCCAGGACUCUGGCAUGCUGGUUGCUGGUAAACUCAGUCACACUUCCUCUUUGGUUAGUGCAGAUCAUUAUGCUCACAAUUUAAGCUCAGUAUCCAUCGUUCUGACUGAGAAGGUGAACUACUUCCGCCCCAUCUACAAGGGAGCCUCCUCUGUUUUUUGUAUUCAGCUGUUUUGUAUUGAUGAACAACAUGAAGCAAGGUCACUGGACUUUAUGGAUUUUGUUUUCAGUCUUUUUCCUGACAAAAACUUUUGCAUCAUUUCUGUGCCCCAUCUCACCCCUGAGUUUGUCCUCAUCCAAAACUUUGUGAAGAUUGUCCCCUUCAACAACUGCACCCUUGAGCAUGAUCUCUACGUUUUCCAUCGGGCAGGAUUGCUCAAGUCCAUUAAUAUACGGUUAGCUGCUUUCUCAGAUACUCCUGGUGUUGAAAAUCUUGUCAACACACUCACACUGAGUAAAAAAAUAUUGGAAGAUUUAAAACAAUACAACGAGUCUCGCAGCGACCCAAACGGAACACCACUGCAGGCAUACGUAGCUACUGUUGCAGAACAAAUAGUUGGCAUUGCAGUCAUCAAAAAUGAAAUGGACAUAGAAUACAUACGAUCCCAUUACAACAUUGAAGAUUUCAUCUAUUUCAGUCACCACCAGCGGGAAGAACAUGGACACUUGUAUCACUUUGCUCUGAACCCCAUCUUUCGGCAUUACACUAAGUUUUUUCUUAAGGAGAUCCUUCGUUUAGGCUAUAAAUCCUGUCUCUACUAUCCAAUUUACCCCAAAUCCAGAGAAGGCAAGUUCCAGAGCUCCUAUGCCCACUCCCUGACAUCGGCCCUUCAUUACUUUGUUCCCGUGCGACCACGACGACAGAUUGUCUAUCCGCUGGAAAAUCUUGGCAUCAAUGCUCCAUCAAAGGAGGUCUCCAAGGAACUGUUGGGUUAUGCCUUGAAUCACACAAACAGAAAACUAACACUGGAACCUAAAAUAACUGUCAAUGCCAAGAUUGUUGUGGUUGGUGCAUCCAAUGUUGGAAUUUCCUUCCUAGAGACAUUGGUAUUUUGCUCCCACUUGAAGUUUAGUAACCUCACUCUGAUUUCAAUCCACGGACUCCCAGGAAAAAAACUUCUGGACUCAGAACAAAGGAAGUUUUUAGCAAAUGACCACUGUUUUAAUGAUAAAGAUUAUGAGUUGAUGUCAUUGUGCUCCUGGGUCAAUGUGGUUGUUGGCCGAAUGACUGCCAUAGACCGAGUAGCCAAGCAUGUUGUGGUUUCUGAAGAAGAAAUCGUGUUGUAUGACCAUCUCAUCCUCUGCACAGGGCAACAGUACCAGGUCCCUUGCCCUACAGGGGUGGAUAUUAAUCAGCACUUGACAAACAGGGAGAUUCCACAUAGCAGUAAGCAGCGAUAUACCGGUAAAGUUCCUUGCAAUCAUUUUAUUCUCAACAACGAAGAAGAUUGCUUUGAAGCUUUGACUUGGAUAAGGAAUAACUUCAUCACCACAGAAGGAAAUGUCAUUAUCUAUGGGAAUACAAUUGAUGCCUAUACCACAGUGGAGACACUUUUGCACAUUGGGGUGCUAGGCUCCCACAUCUACUUGGUGCUGCCACCAUCCACCUUCACUUACACCUGCUUCAACAACUACUCAGUGGAAAAUGCAGUGGCGGAUGCCCUUGGAGCAGCUCGGGUCAACAUUUACAAGGAUGCUAUCUUGGCUCAGUGGAACGAUGGCCUGGACCCAGACCCUAUUCACUGUGCCAGCUUUACCACUCCCACCAAGCCUUUCAGAAUUCAAUGCUCUGUGUUUUUCAGUUUCUUUGAGAAGAAUGUGGAUUAUGAAACAUUUAAAGCAUUCAAUGAUGCAUGUCUUGUCUAUGAUGGCCGACUUGUGAUUGACACCAAUUUCCACACCAAUGACAUAGCUAUUAGAGCUGCUGGCCCCCUCACUAAAUUCUCCAAUCGAUAUUAUGCAAAUGAAUGGACUCACAGCAACUUCAAUUCCAAAGAAGUUGGUUUUCAGAUGGCAGCAGCUAUGCUCAACCUCUUUGACCCAACCCUUGAGCCUGUGACAGAGCCUCCUGCUGAUCUUGACCGACUUAUCCCCAUGUACAAGGGAGCCAAGAUCCAAGGAGGCAUCCUUCCUGGCUCUUACCAUUAUCUGCAGAUUUCCAAGCCUGCUAUUCCUACACCCUUAGAGGUACAUAUGGCCCAGUCUGAUUUUGGUUUGGAAAUAGUAACAGGUGACGUGAAAGAGGGCAAUUACUUCCGAAUACAUAUUAACAAGUAUAAGAUGGUAGAAGCUAUCACAUGCCUUUCAAAGGAGCCCUUUCCUGCCUCCAACUAUAUCCGUUUGUUUGGUCAGCACGAGCAAGCCCUCAACAACCUGUGUGGCCGUUAUGAUGAAAACCUAAUCACUGAUCUCUACAGCUACUUCAAGGAGCCGUGGUGCAUGGCCCUCUUUCACGAUCGUUUUAUUGAUCUCAGGAAAGAGUUACGACAAAUCUUAAGCUCCAAGGAGCAAGAAGACCUUCCUUCCAUAGAACAGUUAUCCCAUCAGAUAGAAGAUGAGGAAAUUAACCUGCAUGAGAAGCCCAGGAAAUACCUCAAAAGGGUUUUCCAGGAAAGCAUCUACAAGACAUUGGUAGAAAAGAGCAUCCUUGACUAUCUGCACUAUAAUCAGUACCACCUGCCCAUGUAUGCCUGGCCAGGCAUCAUUUAGUCAAGGCCACGGGCUCAACUUUAUUGCUUGCAAACGUGUAGUUCCUGGAAAUGCUCCACGUAAAUAGGAAGCCUCUAGAAAGCCUGGCUUGACAAUAAGCACCUCUAUGAUUUCAGACUUUACUGAUGUUCCAGUAGGUGGCGCAUGACUGUGCGUCUCUUUUCAGAGACAGGGCUAAGCUCUCCAAGUACUUAUGCAGAAUAAACCAUUUCAGCAAUAAAAUAAGAUCAUACUGUG